UGAAAGUCGCCAGUUUUGGCAAUAUUGACGCUGAGAUUGGGUGCUUUUUAACCCGUUAAAACCGUUGUUUGGUCUUUUUUAAUUUACAUUUAUGCACUGAAAUAUACGAGUUUUACAAAAAAAAAUUAGAUUGUCUCCCAGACUUCAAUUACAAACUUUAUACCUACCUAUAAUUAGAAUCGCUAUUACGUUAAGUUUAAUAAUUCUGCACUACAGCCAGGCUAAGGUACUAGUGUACUACAGUCUGCACUGUGCUUGUGAAACUCAAGUGAGAUGGGUCCUCCUCGUGUUGUGUCGGUUGCUCUGGACAGCCGUCUGCGGGCGCUGUCUCCUUUAUCGCGCCCCAGUAUGGCUGCUCGUGUUGCUCACUCUCCAAGGCCUGGGCUGAGUAACGGUUUGGACAGCUUGGGUGCAGCACAAGGUUGCGGACGGCGCGUGAGGGCGGUCUCCCAGACACGUGCACCAGCCAGCAGCCCUCGCCCCUCUACAGCCAAGACGCGGUCUGCGUCAGCACAACGCGUGCCUCUCCUCAGAGCUGCCACUACCAACAGCCUCACCUCUCGUGGUCCUCGGACUGGCGUAACUCCAGCGAGUUGCGCCUCGCCUCUCGUCACCGUCCGAACCCCAAGAAGUGCCCAGCCCUCAAACCCCAAAAUUUACACGAACAGUAGCAACGCCGCUCAGAAAUCCAAUAAACCUGUUGUAACUCCCGUGCGUCCCACCAGAGGUCCAAUUGUCACACCAAAUCGCAAGGCUUCAGCUCCUCCUAAAAUUAGUAAUGCUCCCAGCUCACUGAAAGUUACAGACUGUAACAGCCACAACAAUAACAUCAAUAAUUCGAACAGCUCGCAGAAACCUACAACCUCACGAUCUCCAGAAGUGAGCUCCUCCCGCGCAGUGGAGACCAUAACCAGCAGGAGCACAACCUACACUAGCGUCGCCAGGAGUGGCAGGGUGCCCAACUCGGUGGCUGUUCGACGCAAACCUACCCCGCACUCUAACGUCUUCCUCGCCAACAAUCCAGAUUUUUGCCUCGCCCCUUACGGGUGUGAUGGUUCCACAGAGUGUCUGUGUGAUACUUGCUCUAAAGAUAAGUGCAUUCAUGAUCGUCAUCGUGUACCAGGUCAGGAUCCUUAUAACGGUCACUGCUUCAUCAACACUCGUAAAACAAGCUGCAGUAGUAGCACUGACCACGGCAACGACAGCAACAGCAGCAAAGGAUCUCUUAGUAGUACCGACAGCGCCGAGCUCAGUUCUUCCAAUGCCUCCAGUGACAGUGGAUGCUCAGAGUUGAGAAUAUCGCGUAGGAAUAAUAACAUUAAAAAAAUCCCCAGGAGAACCGUCACAACAGCGACCAUCACCGCUAAGACACGUAAAACUACUGAUCCCAUUAACCAAUGUGAAAAUAAUCGAAGCAAAUCAAAAAGUCCUUAUGCCAGAUCCAUAUCUCAGCCGAAUUCUAAUGGUCACGACCAAAACUACCAAUCUGAAAACGAUUUGAAGCUUAGUAUUUGUAAAACCCCGAUUCGUGAAACGCUCAAGGCAAGGAUUGGGCAUAGAAUUCACGUAAACGGUUAUAGAGGUAAACCUAGUGCUGAAGAUAGUGAGGCAAAACGGCAUGUGAAUGGUGGCUUGACUUGUCUCUCUACGCCUCUUAAGAACGUCCUUGCGCAUCCUUCACUACAAAGCUCCUCUUCGGAAAACUUUUCUCCUUGUUCGCUGGACCAAUCGGAGAGAUUUAAUCACGAGGCUGCUUUUCUGGACGAUCUACCGGGUGGUACAGACGGCUUCUUGGACUCCCCUGUAUGUACUUCUUCACCUGCGAUACUGACAACUCUGCUCAGGAUCUCUAAGGAUCACGGAGGCAGCAAACCAAGUUCAGAGCAAGAAGUUGGGGCGUCGGCCGGCGAACUGCGGAAAGUCUCGGCUCCGUCUGUGCUGUUGCCUGUGAAACGAAGUCAUGGUCGAGAGGGGGAUGGUGUGUUUUCAUCGACUGAUCCUGGAUUUCUUUCCAAUAAGGAGGAUAAGUCGAGCAAGCCGGUAAAAUUCAAGAAAAUGUCAAAUACUUUUCCUAAAGAUACAAAUAUCCCUGAAGAACAAGAAAUUAUGGAAGUGACAUCUGCUCCCACUGUGCAGUCCAUGCCCGUACCAACAGUGGAAGUCCAUACGGUCACAGCCCUCAAGUCUUGUCCUCCACAAACCAUCGUUGUUCCUACUCGCUCAGGCUCUUCCACUUUCUACGACAAAGUCGUCGAUAUGACGACCAAGUCCGAAGGUCCCGCCGUAUCGGCCAUGAUCACCAUAAAUUCUGUUGUUCCCCAGCUUAGUUCGACUGCCACUCCUGCUGUCGAUAUCUCAAAGAAAUCAGUGCUCGAAAACACGAAACAUUCACUCGUCGUCGAGCCUGUUGCACCAGCGCGCCGCAACUCUAAAAGCUCCAAAGAAGACGAAUGUUCACAGCUACCCAAAAAUCCCUCAGAUGCCGUAUCCGGCGUAAGCGUUGAACCAGUUAAAUCUGUUUCUAUCACCAAACUUGAAAACGAUACAGAGUGCAAAUCGAAAACCAGGGAUGAAAUAUUGACUAAAGAAGUCUCUGUUCCUGAAAAAACUAUUGCCAAAGUUGAGAAGAGAAUAUCGCCAACGAAAAAUAAUCCUACCAGUGCAGAAACGUCUGCUGUUGCUUCGUCGAAGUCCACCAAUCAAACCAACCAAGUACAACCGGCCAAGCAAGCACCAACUGGGGGGAACGAGUCCAAGAAGCUCACUGACCAUUCAUCCUCUAUUGACUCCAGUCAAAAUGCCACUUCUGACUCCAAGAAGCUAAACAUUAAAGAAAACGAAACAUUCUGUGAAGACCUCAAUGCCGAAGAGAAUGCCAAGUACACGCAGGAGAAGGUCAUUCGAUUGGAAAAGAUGGUAUCGGAUCUCGUAAAGAAUGCCGAGAUCAAGAAGCAAGAGAUUGCAGCCUUCAAAAUGCAGAUCAAACGUCUCAAGGAGCUGGUUCGCGAUCGCGAUCAGAUCAGCGACGAAGAUCCUAAUGGCGUUACAAAGAAGAAGAAGAAUUCAGUCCCUCAACCGACCUCGUCUGGUGGUGGCAAUGACGUCGCCUCUGCCGCUCCUGCGCCGGCUUCUUGCACCACCGAGCGACUGGAAGAGCUGCUCGAAGAGAACAGAGUGCUGCGGUCGCAGCUCCUGCAUCUCGGAGGGUCGCUCAACUCGUCCAGGCUCUCGGACCAGGAGAAAGAAGCUCUCCUCAAGGGUGGCAGCUGGGGAGAACGCAGCACCACAGGCGCCACCAUCGGCGACUGGGACAACAAAUCUUCUUCGAGUGAAGUUUCGGUCGCGUGUCUGCAGGAUCGGAUUAUGCAGAUGGAAGAAACGCAUUACUGCACGAACGAGGAGCUACAAGCGACGUUGCAGGAGCUCGAUGACCUGCGAGAACAGCUCGCUGAAAGCCAGGCUGAGCUGGAGAACAUGCAAGAGGAAAAGCAGGUGUUGCUUGCGUCGCUAACCCAGCAAACCAACUUCCUAACCGAAUCUCGAGGACAAAACCAAACUCUGAAGCAACUUCUGAUCCAGCAAUCCGAAAACUCACAAACUAUCUCAAGCUGCGUCAACUCGCAGAAGCUUUUGGAGCUACUCAAGAGUGUUGAAGAAGACCACGAGCGGCUAGAGAUGAAGCAGGAGGACGUUGAAGCGCAGCUGGCUGCUGCCAAAGUCGCGGAGCAUCGCUUCCUUCAAGACUCUCAGAUGUACAGAGACAGGAUGAAGUCGUUGGAAGGUUUACUGGAAUGUAGCAGUGCAGCAAAGGCGGCGGCUGAGGCGCAGACGGCAGAACUUCAGGAAGCUCUUAAAGCCGAAAAAGUGGAAACUUGCAGACUUCAAGAAGCCCUCACCACUGCCAAGGAACAUAUCGCUGAGCUGGAGGCUCGACUGGUAGGCGGUGGGUCAGUGAGUGAAGUCCUCGAGGCGGUCCGCGCUGAGAACUCGAAACUGGAGCAACGCGUGGCGGAGCUGACACAGCAACUCCACGCUGCCACGCGCGAUGCAGAGAAAACCAAGGAAAUCGUCAAUAACUUGCAAGAUAAACUGAAGCAGGCGGAAGAGAGCGCACGCGACGGCCUACACGAUGCUAGUGCUCGCAGCGAGCGACUGGAGGAGAAGCGACGGUCUCUCCUGCAGCAGGUGGCGAACGCUGAGAAAUCACUUGCAGAGGCCAAGCAAACGGCACAGCGCCACCUGCAGCACAAACGCGAACUAAAAACAGCGCUGUCCGAGUCUCAAAAAUUGUUGACUCAGGCACAGGAGGAAAAACGACAUUGCGAGCAGCUCAACUUGCAGCAAAAACAACAAUUUGAGAAACAGGUUGAGGAGUGGGAACAGUUCCAGUGUGAUCUGCUCACCACAGUCCGCGUGGCGAACGACUUCAAAACGGAAGUCCAGGCCCACCUCGAGAAGGUUCAACACGAGAACGCUCUAUUAAAGCAUCAGCUCUCCACAUUAGAGAAGAAAGCUGCCAACUGCCGUGUUUGCUCCGGGGCGACCAAGUACAUGAGCAGUCCAAGUGGUGGCGGUGACCGACGCAACGCAGAUCGUGCUUUGACGCGCACUGACUCGAAAGUCAAGUCAUUAAUCGAGAGUUUGGAAAACGGAGUUCCUAUCACCAGAGGAAGCGGGCGCAUCAGCAGCAACAAUGGAUUAGACAAUAAUAUCGCUAUUGGAAUGAGCUGUGUUUCCAGUGGAAGGAAAAGUGCGGUAACUUCGGCUCCCAUAUUAAAGCGGGCCGAUACGGAUGGUGUUAUACGUCCCUCGCCGACUGCUUCACCCCUCAAAGAGUCCGGCAACAUAGACGCCGCUAGUCCCGUUUCUCCGCUGCGAUCGCUGCAGCGUAACUCGUUCAGUGACGGCCUUAGCUCCAUCUCUUCUCCUACGCCUUCGUCUAAAGUCAACGUCCCACCGCCCUCCUCUCCCACCGCCAAUCUUCCCGACACUGUCAAAAUGUCACAGCUCGGGGAAAAAGCCGGCGCUAAACUCAUUUCCGAAGCGAAUAAACCUAUAUCCAUACUCUCAAAUAAGAUCGAGCCGCGAAAAAACAAUUUUAAUCAGCUGAGCGCAGAUAAGAAGGAUCCCUUGUCAAUGCUGGCGCAGGGAGGUGGGUCCAGACGCAACGCUUUACUCAAGUGGUGUCAAAAUCAGACUCUCGGCUACUCCCAGGUCGACAUAACGAAUUUUUCAUCUAGCUGGAACGACGGCCUUGCACUCUGUGCGAUACUCGAUACUUACGUUCCUGAAAAAAUCAAUUAUAGGUCUUUGAAUCAUUCGGACAAGCGAGCUAAUUUCGAGAAGGCUUUGGCGGCUGCUGAGUCCGUUGGCAUUCCAUCGACCUUGGAUGUAAACGACAUGAUGAACUCGGAGAGACCGAAUUGGCAGACUGUAUACAAUUACGUUACUUCCAUCUACGCCCAUUUCGAGACGUAAGACGUCAGCACGCUACGUCAUCUCGAUGUGGGCACGCGUGAUGAGGUCGAAGGAGCCGAACUUCGGACUAUACAAUUACGUCACUCCUCCACGUGUAUUAGGAGACGUAAGCGUCUCGACGUAAUCCAUUUCAAGAAUUAUUUAGGUGGAAAUUUAUUCCAUCGCUAAUUUGAGAUUACAUUGAUCUGACGAGUGUUGUCGUGUUCAUUUUAUUUUGUGAUCUAGUAAUGAUAAUGUGCCACUUUAUUUGGUGUUAUUGGUGGUUUUAAUGCUGGAUAGCUUUUUAUUCAAAGACAACGCCGUGCCAGUUUUGACACGUGUAAUUGCAAGUGAUAGAUCGUGCGUUUAUCGUCUUCUCCGCGCGUGAUUGAAGUUAGGAUCGGUGAACCACUACUGGAGUAUAAUCGGUCUAGGCUCUACCAGGAAUUACAUCCAAAUGCUGUCAUUUUUCACGGUUUUCUUUUUAUCAUGGCGCCAGUCUCUACAACAUUGAACAGCUUUCUGAUCUGCUUGUAGUAGGUAAUUAGUGGACAUAUCUCUCUAGUCGUAGUUUAGUCGGCAAAAGACAGUAUUUUUCUACCUACUUUCCAUUGUUCGGAAAUAUUUUUCUACGGCGAGAAUAAAUACAAGUAAAUUUUCUUGGUAUUUUUUCGUAUAGACUCGUUAUUCAUUCGCUCGCUCUAGUCAUACAUGAAUAGCUUAAGAUCCGCCUCAUCAUCACAUUCUCUGUGCUGCUCAUGACACUGUCGUUAGCAGGCAGAUGACAUGCGCUGCAAAUAUACUUCAUUCUACCUUGUAAAUUUCAAUUAAGUGACGGAAAUAAGGUAUCGAAUAUAUACUGAGAUCUCAUGUUCAUGUUGUCAAUGGCUUUGCUUUGGGGUCCAGUGAUUCACACUCUUGUUUGAUUUAUUUAAAAGAAGCCCUUAUUAAACAAUUUCUUUGAAGGAAACUAAUUUAUGCGUGUUCACACGAAGUGUUGAUACUUUACAGAUAUCUGCUACGCAAAUAAUUCUCGGUUCAUAUAGCCUAUGUGUACAAAUUAAUUUUAGUGGAAUGCAUCAUUGUUAUAAAGUCGUUUUAUGGUCGUAAAGGAAGAUAUUUCAUAAAUUGCACGACUAUGAACUGGAGAUUGCGGUGCUCUACAUGCAACUGUCUCCGAAUAGACCCAAUUAUCAUUUUUCCUUGUACAGUAUUAUAUUUCUUCUAUAUUCGUA